AUGGAUUUGAAAGGUUAUGAUGCUUCGAUAUCGGAUCUAGAAAUUCACUUUGCUACAUCUAUUCAAUCUCACAAACUUCUUGUGGAUGAAGUCCUUCAACUAUUGGAGAAGACAAAGGCAAGUUUAGAUGUUGCCCAUUCAAUCGCUAUGCAAAUUAGUGAUUUGACAGAGUCAUCUAAGGUGUAUGUGUCUGAUUCGGACGUUGAAGAUGAUAUUCAUAAACCUCCGCGGAGGUCUAUCGUUGAAGAGAAGCCUGUUGUUAGUGAAGCAAUUUUGUGUCCAAAUGAUCAAGUUGUGAACGAGAUGCUGAAGAUUUUUGUGCCAAAUCUAUUUACCGAAAAGCUCUCGACCAAUGUGGCAGAUUUGCUUUGA